AAGAAUGGAGAAUGUCACAUGAGGAGAGCAACGAUUUUUGGCUUCCAGCUAUUUCAUUGACAUUCCUUGAAUCAAUCCUUGCAGCAGGCAGCAACGACAGAGGAGUCGCCAGAGGCUAUUGCAUCACUAGAUUCAUCCAAUUUCAGGUGUUUUGAAAUUGUUGCACUAUUUUUUAUUUUAAGAGUUUCAAAUUGAGUUAGAUAAAAACUUCAAUUCCUAAUCAUUUUACAUGAACUUUGGUUACUGCAUUUAGUGACUUGGUAUUGGUUUAUUUAUGCCACUUUGAAGUUUUUCUCUCUGAUUAUGUAGCAGUCUACACAUGUGUUUUAUUCUACAAAUAGGAUUAAGCAGAGUAUUAAACCUCUUUUUAGUCUUUUGAAAGUUGUAUUGAAAGUUUGAUUUCUUUAUCGGUAUAUCUUUUAUGUCCCUAGAUUAAUAUGUAUUGGUUUGGUACCCUCAAAUUAUUAGCAGCUUGAGCAAGAUGAGGGGCCUUUAUUUAUACCACUUUGAGGUGCUUCACGCUGUGAAUACAAAAAGAAGGUCACUUGUUUUUUAGUUUUCUAUAAGUUGUUAUUAUGAAGUUAAGUACAGAGUGUAUGAUUAUGUGUAUUGAUUUCCACUUUUAAUUUUGUGUCUAGACGUGAGAAAUUAUCUAUCCGCUGCUGACACAUUGCAAGCAUGGAAAGUUCAAAAACCGAAACGGAGCGAAAACCGAAAUUGGAUCGAAAGCAAAACCUACAAAGUGUAGCUACCAUAUCUUUGCGUUGAUUUCUUCAUCAUCUGAAAAGCUUGCGGAGGAGAUGAAGAUGCCGAUGAGAACAAAUAUGUAAACUUCUGAAGGGGCUAGAAAAAGAGAGGGUUUCACAAGAACAAACAGAGAGAGGAAUGGAUGAAGGAAAAUUGAGUUCAGGGAGCAACGAUCAUAUUGAUGAUAUCAGAUGGCUUUGCUCAUUGAAUGAAUCUGAACUUGAUUUCUUAAUGAGCUUGAAAGUGAUGAUUCUCCAACGUGCGAAGAACAUCGGCUCCAAACCUAUGGCCAAGAACUUCGGCUUGAAGUUUCUCCGUGCUCUCAGUUUUAUUUUGAUGAACAAACUUAAAGGUCAACUAGAAGGUGUGCCGGGUUUCACCGGAUCCUCCUCCUCGCAUUUGGAUAGAUGUAAAUUGUUGAAGUUUGAUCUCGACGACGCAUUUAAAAGCUUGAGUAUGGAGGAGUUGAGCACAUACAUUUGCAGUGAGAAGAAUAAGCGAGCACUGUCCGCGUUCUUUAAAGAUGUACUUCCUCCUCCUCCUCCUCCUCCCCCAAGUAAGAAGCCGAAAACCGAAGGCUAAAUGAAGCUACAAUCAAUCAAUCAAUCAAUGAUAAUGCACCCUGAUAUAGUUUUCUUCACUGCUCCAUUGCCACUUCUAUGGCUUGAUUCACCACUUCUGCUGCACUGCAGGUUUCUCUCUUCCUCCCCCCCCCCUGAGCCCUUUCUAUGAGAGGACGCUCUGUACACCGACUCGUCCUUUGAUCAGGACGGGUCCUUUAAAGUUUGGAGCUUUGUGCACUAUUGACAUUUAUCUAGUACGGGGUGCGCGGAUAUAAUUAAUAUUCUCUGCAUUCUUUUUUUGAAGGGAUUCUGUGUAUUCUUUUAUCUCUUUAUUUAUCAAAAUUUUCUCUUUCCCUAAUACUCUAAGGGGCUGUUUGGUAACUUCUGAAUGGGUAAGUGCUGAAUCAGUAAGAGGUCUGAACCAUUAAGUGCUGAACCAGUAAGAGAUCUGAACCAUUAAGAGCUAGUAUAUUGUUUAACUAUUCAGAGGCAAAUGUCUGAUCAAUUCAGAUAAGAGCUCUUAACCAUUCAGACUCUGUAUAAUACUUAACCAUUCAGAGGCAAAUCUCUUAACCAUUCAGACAUCUGAACCAUUAAGAGGCUGAAACAAACAGUCUGAACCAUU